CUGCCGAUCCUCCGUCAGCUUUGAGCUCCUGAAACACGGAACAGGACAUCAUUCCGCCUCCUCCUCUCCCCUCGUCUGUUUCUCGGACCUUUAAACUUUACAAGCAGGCUUCAACAUGUCUCAGAAGAUCAAGGCCGGCUCCGUGGUGGAGAUGCAGGGAGACGAAAUGACCCGGGUCAUCUGGGAGCUCAUCAAGGACAAACUCGUCUUCCCGUACCUGGAGCUCGACCUGCACAGCUACGACCUCGGUAUGGAGAACCGCGACGCCACAGACGACCGGGUGACGGUCGAGGCGGCGGAGGCGGUCCGUCGUUACAACGUGGGCGUGAAGUGCGCCACCAUCACGCCGGACGAGAAGCGCGUGGAGGAGUUCAAGCUCAAGCAGAUGUGGCGUUCCCCCAACGGAACCAUCCGUAACAUCCUGGGAGGAACCGUGUUCAGAGAGGCCAUCCUCUGCAAGAACAUCCCCCGCCUGGUGCCCGGCUGGAUCAAACCCAUCAUCAUCGGCAGGCACGCCCACGGAGACCAGUACAAAGCCACAGACUUUGUGGUGCCCGGUCCUGGGAAAGUGGAGAUGACCUACACGCCCGCAAACGGAGAGCCAGUUAAAUAUGUCAUCCAUGAGUUUCAGGGCACAGGCGGCGUUGCCAUGGGGAUGUACAACACAGACAGCUCCAUAAAGGACUUUGCACACAGCUCCUUCCAAAUGGCUCUGUCCAAGAGCUGGGCUCUGUACCUCAGCACCAAGAACACCAUCCUGAAGAAGUACGACGGGCGCUUCAAAGACAUCUUCCAGGAGAUCUACGAGAAGGAAUACCGCGCUCAGUUUGAAGCUAAAGGCAUCUGGUACGAGCACCGUCUGAUUGAUGACAUGGUGGCUCAGGCCAUGAAAUCUGAGGGAGGCUUCAUCUGGGCGUGCAAGAACUACGAUGGAGACGUCCAGUCUGACUCUGUCGCACAAGGUUACGGCUCUCUGGGUAUGAUGACCAGCGUGCUGAUUUGUCCUGAUGGACGCACAGUGGAGUCGGAGGCCGCACACGGCACCGUGACACGCCAUUACAGGCAGCAUCAGCAGGGGAAAGAGACCUCCACCAAUCCCAUCGCCUCCAUCUUUGCAUGGACGCGGGGUCUGCUCCACCGGGCGAAGCUGGACAGCAAUACAGAGCUGCGAGUGUUCGCCGAGGCUCUGGAGGCCGUUUGUAUCGAGACCAUCGAGGCCGGUUUCAUGACCAAGGAUCUGGCUAUCUGCAUCAAAGGCCUGCCACACGUGACUCGUGCCGACUACUUGAACACCUUUGAGUUCAUCGACAAACUGGCAGAGAACCUGAAGAUGAAGCUAGCCAACCAGCCCAAACUGUGAUCUCUCCUCUCAGCUUCAACAGAUAUAUAAAAAAAAAAAAACACGGAUACACACACAUUCUAACACAUGCACACAGAGACAUCCACACCAACACAGGAAUCAAGGCUGGAGCUUGGAGGAGCCUGCUGUGACUCCAGGAGAUCUACAGACUGAAACCGGGUCGUUCCCUGACUCAUCGUGUAGUGUGCCUUUUUCAAGAAGGAAGGAGAACAGCGGCCAUCUUUCCUGCUAAUGUUUCACUAGAACACCUGAUGGCUCGGUGAGCUUGUGUUCCCUGAUUGCACUCGGCCCCUGCAGUGUGUGUGUCGUCAGUAUUUGUUGGUGAUCUGUGCUCGACAGGGGACGGACUCUGUCAGAGGGAUCCUUCAGACCCUCGCUGCCUUACUCGUUUUGUGUCACAGUCGUGCGUUCAUCCUCGUCUCUUUCUUUGUCUUGUGAUUUCUUUUUAAAAA